CAGUCAUUGUUUUGGAACAUCUGGCCUCGCUGGAAUUAAGCCGUAUGAUUUUGUACCAUUGAUUUUAAGUUGUUACAUUUGUUUAGCUCAUAAGAGCAUGAGUGGAAAGCACGGCCUGAAGACAGUAUUAGAACUAGAUUCAAGAAGAAUGAGUAACAGAAAAAGACCAAAGGUAGAGUACUCAGAGGUUGAUGAGGGUGUCUUGCAGAGUGCAAAUGAAGAAAUGAUUGUUUCUGAGGAUGAAGAAGAAUUGGCUGAUCAGAAUGAGCCAUCUGAAAAUAUUGCAAAACAAAAUAUGAUUGCUUUGAACUUACAAAAUGAGGCUGAGGAAGAGGAAGAAAUUGACCAUUUUAUAGAUCCUGUGGAAGUUCUAAAAGAAGCAUCUAAAACUUUAGAAGGAGCAGCAUUUGCAAGCAGAUUACCAGCUGAGAAAAUGACUGCCCAAGAAAUGACCUGUUUCCAAGAUGUAAUUUCAGGCCCUCCACAGCUACAGAAGAAGUUUUUGUUCAUCAGAAACCGUCUGCUGCAGCUUUGGAUUGAAAGCCCUAGACAGGAACUGACUUUGGAACAUGCUCUGGCAAAAGUAGAGGGAGCCUCAAAUGAUGAAGACAGGAUGCUUGUCGAUCGUCUACACGCAUUUCUUGAAAGAUAUGGCUUGAUUAACUUUGGAGUCUAUAAAUUCUUGAAAGCAAGACCACAAUUGAAAGUUCCACCUAAAAUAAUUGUGAUUGGAGCUGGAAUAUCUGGACUCAUCGCUGCAAGGCAAUUGCAAUCAUUUGGCUGUGAUGUCGUUGUUCUUGAAGCAAGGGAGCGUGUAGGAGGUCGCGUAGCAACAGUUAGGCAAGGUCAAUAUAUUGCAGAUCUUGGUGCUAUGGUUUUAACAGGUCUAGGUGGAAAUCCCUUGACAAUUAUCAGCAACCAAGUGAACAUAGAGCUGCACAAGAUUCGUCAAAGAUGUCCACUUUUUGAAUCAAAUGGUCUCAUCGUUCCCAAGGAUAAAGACGAACUAGUAGAGAGAGAAUUUAACAAGCUGCUUGAAGCGACAACUUACGUAUCACAUGUGCUUGAUUUUAAUUACAUGAACGGGAAGCCAUUGUCACUUGGACAUGCUUUGGAACUUGUGAUCAGGUUAAUGGAGAAGCAAGUAAAACUCGAGCAAUGCAAACAUGCCAAAGCAAUCCUAGAUCACCAAGGAAAUCUAAAAAACGUCCAAACCCAGCUUAUAAAAGUUCAAGAAUCUAUUAAAACUACUCACAAAGAAUGGACGGUUGCACAGGAAAAGAAACCACCGAGAGAUGUCACUGAUGAGUUUAAAGUGAGAAGUAAAUAUCGGGACUUGUGUGCAUUAUUCAAGGAAUACGAUGAACUGGUUGAAAAGCAAAAGGAAUUGGAGACCAAGAUAUCGGAUCUUGAAAACAACCCUCAAAGCGAUGUUUACUUGUCAUUACGCGAUCGUCAGAUCCUGGACUGGCAUUUUGCUAAUCUAGAGUUUGCGAAUGCAACGCCCCUGAGCGCUUUAUCUCUGAAGCACUGGGACCAAGACGAUGAUUUUGAGUUCACCGGAAGUCACAUGACUGUAAGCAAUGGCUACUCCUGUGUUCCUGGUGCUCUUGCGGAGGGGCUGGACAUCCGUCUAGAUACGGCUGUAAAGCAUGUAAAGUAUCACAGAUCAGGAGUUGAAAUCACAGCUGUCAAUCAUCCGAAAAGCUCGAUGGGUCCAACGCAGACAUUCAAAGGUGAUGCCGUUUUAAUAACUUUGCCCCUUGGGGUUUUGAAGCAGCAGACACCUCCGGCGGUGAAUUUCAACCCACCAUUACCUGACUGGAAAUUGCAAGCAAUCGACAGAAUGGGAUUUGGCAAUCUUAACAAGGUCGUCCUUUGCUUCGAUCGCAUUUUCUGGAAUCCCAACACGAACCUGUUUGGUCACGUUGCUAGUGCCACAGCCAAUCGCGGCGAGCUGUUCUUGUUCUGGAGCAUUUACAAGGCCCCAAUUCUGCUCGCCCUUGUUGCUGGUGAAGCGGCAAACAAAAUGGAAACAUACUCAGAUGAAGUGAUAGGAGACAGAGCCAUAGCUGUUUUGAAGGGAAUUUUUGGUGCAAAUACAGUUCCUUCGCCGAAAGAAGUUAUUGUGACACGCUGGAAAUCCGAUGAAUGGUCACGUGGAUCUUAUUCUUACGUUGCAGCUGGUUCUUCGGGGAAUGACUAUGACAUCAUGGCAGCGCCGGUUGCACCUCCACCGAAUCCGGGUAUACCAAUACGACCCGGAUCGAACAUGCCUCGGGUUUUCUUUGCAGGGGAACAUUCAAUACGCAACUAUCCGGCUACCGUUCACGGGGCUUUGCUCAGCGGCUUGAGAGAGGCGGGUAGAAUAGCGGAUCAAUUCCUUGGACCGACAUUUGAAAACAGUUAUACUGGCUCAUCAAUGACCUGAAAAAUAAAGCAUUUUACUAAAAAAGACAAACAGUUACACCGUUUUUCAACGUGUUUUCGUAUAAGAUGCUGCUUGAAGAAUAUCUUGAGAAAAAUUCAAACUUUCGAGGGAUUAGUUGUAAUAUUUCAUUGUUUAUUUGUAAAAUAAGAGUAGAAAAGAUAUAUGAGGAAUUAGUGAUAAGUAUCAAAAGUAAAGACAUUUAUGACAAAGAAAAUUAGUGUCAAACCUACCACUUUAUUGAUCGAUAACUUUUUCAGAACAUUCUCUAUAGAAAUCGAAGAACAUCCAAAGUUUUAAUCCCCUGUUAAGUCGUACAGUAAAAAUCGCCGAAUUUUAUAUUGCUAAAUUUUAUGUAGUACACACCAAUUAUGUGCUUUGAAGUGGUGAAAAUUUCUUUUACCUCACGAUGGCUGCCCAUUCGUUUAAGUCUGAGAAGCUUCCAGCAAACCGGUUUUAGAAAGCAGUCCAAAAGAAUGUUAAGCAGCUAUAAAUCCCAAGGCAGCUCCUUAGGGGAUCUGUUCUUUGUUGUUGAAUUCUUUGUAAAUACGAGCUAACUCUACCAUAAAAUUUAUAUGGGCAGCCGGCCAUCAGAUAAGAUUGAAGUUACAUUCCGAAGUUGUUUUCUCUGUAAGACAUUUUAAAAUUCAAUUAUUGUUUUUUUUAACUGAUAUCGA